AUGGAGCCCCCAUCAGGCAGCGCUACCUGUACAUACACCGCAGCAGCAGCAGCAGCAGCAGCAGCAGCAGCAGCAGCAGCAGCAGCGGCAGCAGCAAGAAUAUCUGCAGCUGCUGCUGCUGCUGCUGCUGCUGCAGCUCAGCAGCAGCAUCAGCAAGGCGAGCUAGAGAUAGCUUCUCGGAUAGAACAGCAGCAGCAGCAGCAGCAUCUGCUGCAGCAGGAGCAGCAGAUGCUUCAUCUCCCCUCACCCCGCAACACAAAGUCAGCAGGAGAUGUUGUUGCUCCGCUGCAGCAGCAGCAGCAGCAGCAGCAGCAGCAGCAGCAGCAGCAGCAGAAGCAGAAGCAGCAGAGCAGCAGCAGCAGCAGAAGCAGUAGAAGCAGCAGCAGAAGCAGCAGCAGCAGAGCAGCAGCAGCAGCAGAAGCAGCAGCAGCAGAAGAAGAAGAAACAGUGAUCGUGGUGGUUCAGGGGGAGGGAGGGAAAGAGCAGCAGCAGCAAUAG